GAAAGAAAGAAAGAAAGAAAGAAGAAGAGGAGCGACAACACCUCUUACUCCAUUUCUGUCCUCGCUCUCCCUACUCUCUUCUACCGCUUCCACCAGAGCCGCCGUCGCCGUCGCCGCACAACCUCCUGCUUAGGGAAAGGAAGGAUGGGGAAACAGAACUGAAGGAAGUGAAGUUUCGUUGCUUGGGCCGGUUAGUGAAGGCGGCCGCUACAGUUUCAUAAAGAGGACUGAAAACACCAGGAAUUUCAAUAUGGCAGGGCAUAGCAGGCCUCCCCCUAAAAAGAAAGCUCGUAAAGAGAGGAAUCCUGAAAGAUUACCUAACCCUACUAGUUCUACUGAAAUUAUGGAUCACCGGAUCUGGAAAGAAUUCCCCGCUGACCUCUUUGAAGCUGUCAUUGCCAGACUUCCAAUUGACACAUUCUGCCGUUUCCGCUCAGUUUGUAGGAAGUGGAAUUCUUUGCCAACUUCUCACAGUUUCGCUCAACAGUGUGCGCAAGUUCCCCAAUCCCAACCUUGGUUUUACACAAUCAGCAAUGUAUCUGUGAAUGCUGGUUCCAUGUAUGACCCUUGCUUGAGAAAAUGGUAUCAUACUACCAUCACUGCUUCUCCAAUUAAGUCACUUCUUGUUCCAGUGGCUUCAGCUGGUGGUCUCAUCUGCUUUGUUAAUCGGCGCCAUGGUUGCCUCUAUGUGUGCAACCCUCUAACUCAGUCCUUCAAGGAGUUACCAGAUAUCUCAAUACAGGAUGGGUGCCGAGUUGCUGUAGGAAUGACUCUGAAUGCAGAAUCAACCGCUAGGAGCUAUAAGAUUCUCUGGGUGCGUACUGAUGGUGAGUACCUAGUUUAUGACUCUCUAAGGAACUCCUGGACCCAAUCAACCAUGCCCUCCAGGAUUAAGCUGCCAUUCUCUCUUAUCACGAGGUCACAUGCAAUUUCUAUUGAUGGCACACUUUACUUCCUGGGUUCUGACCCUGUUGGGAUGGUAUCCUACAAUACGACUACAGGGGUGUGGAAGCAAUUUUCAAUCCCGGCUCCCCCAGAUGUGUGCAACUGUACACUCGCAGAAUGUGCGGGACGGAUCCUACUUGUGGGGUUACAGGCGAGGAAUGAUGCCAGGUGCGUGUGCAUAUGGGAGCUGCAGAAGAUGACUCUCUUGUGGAAAGAGGUAGACAGAAUGCCAAUCUUAUGGUGCUUGGAGUUCUAUGGAAAGCUCAUUCGCAUGACUUGUUUCGGUAACAAAGACGUAAUCAUGUUGUCAUUGAAAUCAAGACAAAAGACCCGCCUGGUUACCUAUGAUAUAUUGAGCCGGGAAUGGCUGCAGGUUCGAGGCAGCAAACCGCCUGGGAGGAAAAGUCCGCAGGUAGUUGCGUGGGGAACUGCAUUUCAGCCUUGCUUGACAGCAUUAGCUUGACAGAAAUAGAAAUUGUGGUCGUUUUCGGAAUCAUCGGCUGCCUCACCUUCACAUAUUGGGGUUUCUUCUCUUGUCUGCAGGUAUGGUGGUAUUCCAUUUUGGCUGCCCUGCAGAUAUUUCAUCUGCACCCCAAUUUUCUUUGGUGUAUUGGAGUUAUUAUCAUCCCAUGAUGCCUAUGAAGAUAGUAACUUUAAUUUUGUGUAAACUUGUAAUUCUGGACAAGUGCCCUUGAAUGUUUCCUUUUGAGGAAAUUUAUUAAGAAUGUCAUAGCUUUAUUUGGACCAAAGCAGUUGCAAUCCGUGUAAACUGCUGGUAAGAGAGAGGCAUGGAAUAUGACGACAAGGAACAGGCUGAGGAGGGAGGAAGGUAUAGUAGAGCGAAAGGCAACCUGAACUUGAAGCUAGAGGAGGAAGAGGAGCUGUGACUGAGAACAUGAAAUUGAAAAAGGAUCGAGGAGGGUUGAAGAUAUAAGUAUAUAUAUGUAUAUAUUUCCUCCAAAUGAAAGUGUUCUUUAUGAAUUGUUUUGUGUUCUGUGUCCAAAAUUUAGAAGAAGUUCUUUCAUAAACAGAAAAAAAAACAUUUUUUCUGUUAUAUGGAAGGAGUACGAAUUUUCUGUUAAAUAUAAAAUUAAAUUAUUAAUGGACAAA